GAGUUAUCUCCGUGCUGCUGAUCGCACACUGCAGACUCUCAUCUGGGAGGCCUGUGCACCAAAACAGCAACAAUUCAAUGUGUCACGACGUUUGGCCUUGCAAGCAUCCUGUCUUUGAUCAAGUCCGGUGCCUGGUGUCACAUCUGAACAUGUCAGCUCCAGUGUUAUUUGAGAGUUAUGUAAGAAGCCAAGGUUACCCUUUCACCGAGGAGAAGAAGUUGGAUGAGUUUUGUGAGCCUGACCAGGCGUUUCCUCCUUUCGUCAGCUCACUCAGUGACAAGGAGAGGGUGAUCAACCUCUACCAGAUCUUUGUCUUUUUCAAUGCCUCCUUGGACAAUAUCACCAAAGACCAAGAAAGCCUCGGCGACGUCGAGUCCAAAGAAGACUUGCUACGGCGACUCAGAAAUACCACCAACAACACGGGGGGGCUCCUGUCCAAUCUCACGUGCCUGCUCUGCUCCAAGUACAAAGUCAACCACGUGGACGUGACCUAUGGCAAUCAUUCCAGCACCGACAGCUUUGAGAAAAAACAGAAAGGUUGCCAGAUACUCCGGAAAUACACAAAAGUCAUCAGCCAUGCUGCACAAGCUUUGGGACAUUGUCGUCACAAGCACACGUGA